AUGGAAAAGGAACAGCAAAGUACGGUUGUCUUCAACGCCUCAAAAAGGGAGUUGUUUACCACCACCAGUGGAUACAAAUCAAUGCAUAAGCACAUUAGAACUCAAUGGAAAAUUCAAAGUAUGAAGGAAGAGUUGUCAUCGGACAAACUGAAAGGUGUCAAGUUGUGGACAACUGCAGGCCCAAGAGAGAAGUUUACAGCAUCAGAGUUGGAAGUACUGAAACACUACCUGGAUGGUGGAGGAAAUAUUCUGGUUAUGCUUGGGGAAGGAGGGGAAAAGAAAUUUGACACAAACAUCAAUUUUCUCCUGGAAGAGUUUGGAAUUAUGGUAAACAAUGAUGCAGUUUUUCGAACCAGGUACUACAAGUACUAUCAUCCUAAAGAAGCACUUGUGUCUGAUGGUGUGUUGAACAGAGAGAUCAGCCGGGCUGCUGGCAAAUCAAUGUCAGGCAUAAGUGAGGAUGACAAUAUUGGAAACAAUACACAGGCUCUCUCAUUUGUGUACCCAUAUGGUGCCACACUGAAUGUGAUAAAGCCAGCCAUUGCUGUGCUUUCAACGGGUUCCAUCUGCUUCCCCCUCCACCGGCCUGUGGUAGCCUUCUAUCAAGGAAAGGAGACAGGCAAAUUGGUAGUAGUUGGUUCCUGCCACAUGUUCAGCGAUCAGUUCAUUGACAAGGAGGAGAACUGUAAAAUCUUGGGUGUUGUGCUCCAGUGGCUCAUGACUGAUAAUAUUCAUCUGAAUACAAUCGAUGCAGAAGACCCAGAGAUCACAGAUUACACUAUGUUGCCACACAUUGGAUGUUUGUCCGAACAACUUACACAGUACUUCCAAGAGGGGGAUGAAAACCCCAGGAACUUCACAUCUCUUCUGGAUGUUUCUUUUUUCAGUCUGUCAACAGACACUUUACCCCAAGUCCUCAGUGUUUAUAAGCAUCUUAAUGUCAAAGAUGAGCCACUUCAGCUGAUUGCACCACAAUUUGAGACUCCCUUGCCUCAGUUGCAACCUGCUGUCUUUCCUCCAAUCUUGAGCGAUUUGUCCCCACCAAUGUUGGACCUGUUUGACUUGGAUGAAGCUUUCUCUUCUGAGAAAGUGCGCCUAGCACAGCUCACCAAUAAAUGUACAGAUGACGACCUUGAGUUUUACAUAAGGAAAUGUGGUGAAAUUUUGGGUGUGACCCCAAAAUUGGACAAAGAUCACAGAGAUGCAAAGCACAUAUUGGAACACAUUUUCUUCCAAGUUGCAGAAUUCAAGAAGCUCAAUCAAGAGCAUGACGUCAACACAGAUGCACAGUUCACCCCAUCUUGA